CUGUGAUCGGUUGAAGAUUUGAAAUCCAAAACAACAGCCUUGUUUGGAUAUAACAGCUGAAGGAUUUUGCAGAUAAAGAGUCAACACUUAAGCUUUCCCCUGGACAAAGGAGGGAAGGAAGAAAGGGACAACGCAACAAUAUCAACAGCAAAGACACAAAUACAUAGAGAAAGACUCGAAGAAAGCAGUAAUGUUCAAAACAAUAAGCCGUCUGCUUUUUGGAGGAGAGGAGGAGAUCCCUCAAGAGAUCAAGUCUGGAGAAGUGUUGGAAGAAGGAUGGCUCGUGGUCAGCCAUCAAGAGGCAGUUUCAGCAGAGAACCAGUGCGCAGAGUUAGCUGAAACUCACCAGACAUCGGACUCUGCUCUUCAUGGAGAUGUUGUUACAAACAUAACACCUGAUAUCUGCAUGUCAGAUCCAGAGCCCACAGUCCAAAGCAGCAGCACCACCACCAGCAGCAGCAGCCGUCCCAUCCCCAGCUCUGUGUUUCAGCCUAAAGCUCUGCUAGAUGUGUCACAGUUAAGUUCCAUACAGAAGGCUAAGGCCUGGGCAGACAGACACCAAACUACACGGAAUGCAAUUCAGCGCCAAAACCGCGUACGCCAAGGAAUCCAUCAUCACUCCUUCCCCCUUCAACAGCCAGGACAUCGCAACCUCAGCCACUGAGGCAGUGCGCAACAUCUUAAAACACAUCAUAGUUAUUAGAUAUAUUUAAUACAUUCAUUUUAGUCUCAGCAGAUUUAAGCUUUAUCUUGAUGUAACUCAUUACAGAAGUUGACAACUGUUACCCAGGUAGGAGGCAGCUACAUUUGAACUUGUACUGUAUUUGCAAUGAUGUAAACCUCAUGAAAUGAGAAACACUCUGUUUUGUGCAUAUGACUUGAUGCGGCCUAUGCAAAUGUAUCCCUUUAAAACAAAGUGGUGUGAUGAUUUGUGUACCAACAAGCAUUUAUCUUUGUGUUCUUGUUUUUUUAAGUAAAUAAAGUGAUGAC